AUGGCUGACGGCAAUUUGACCACGGAACCAAACCUCAGUGCUCGGGAAUCUGAACAUGCUGGGAUAAGUCUUGGUCAAGACACAGCUGAACAACCUAGUAAGCCUUCCAAUAGCCAUGCUGGUAUUCCUCGGCGUAGAAAUCACUCUUUGGUCCGUCAACAAGAUCACCAGAGCGGUCCGGUCUUCAUCCCAAGCGCGAGUGCCGUAAAUCCCACGGGGAGAUGGCCUGAAUCCCCCUUGAGGACGAGCCGGCAUCUAUGGCACAAGGCGUUUCGCCACUAUCGGCGAGCUCCGUCCGCAACAAGCGGUGAAUGUAGUGGUUCCUCAAAUGCUUCGUUUGGCUUUGCUCUAUCCCACUCGCCAUCGGAUGAUCCAUUAAGCCGUAUUGCUAAAGGCAGGCUAACAAAACGUGGGCGAGUUUGCUGUACAUUCAGCUGUGAUAAGUUUAGAAGACGGUAUGAGUUGGCUCGACAUGAGAAACCCCUCCAUUUGAAUUUGGAAACAUGGUAUUGCGUGACCCAUGGGACCACCGUCUUUUCAAGAGUAACGGAAAGAAAACACUACGCUUUUUGCAACACAUUGGACCCCAAUGCAGCACACCUCGAUCGACACAACCACAACGCCUGUCGUGGUGACUCUGACAAGCGCCGCUCAUUCCGCCGCAAGGGCCAUCUGGUGCAACGUUUACGACUGGUUCAUAAUGUCGAUACUUUGCCUCUUAUCGAUGGUUGGAAAAUCGGACACCUGCCAUCCAAUCACGCUGCGCAACGUGUUGACCAUUUGGCUGGCGAUCACGAAUUUCCGCCAUCCAUUGCCGCGCAGGUUACGAACUCGUUACUUUAUCUGAUAGGCGAGGAGUCUCGGAGUAUAAUCCCAUUUUUUGCUAUCAACGCAUAUGUUCAGGAUCAUUUUGCGCAGAUCUUCUCCUUUACACAGGUGCUUGCCUUGUAUUUAAGCCGCUAUGCGCGAGAAAAAAUGAAGCAGGGUAUCAUACACACGGACGAUAUGUUUCAACAGGAGGCCAGGCGAGUUCUCUACGGGUCGGAGGACUCCUGGAAUCAGACUAUCGCUGAUAACCGCGGCUGGCUUUCUCCUGAAUCUGUAGCGGCAGAUCAACAACCAAAAGAUACCUCUGCUGGCAUGGGAAGCUAA